AUGGAUGAGGCCACCCAGCAAGCUCACGGCGACGACACGCAGUCCCCCACCCCCACCAUCGCUCCUCCUCCUUUCGACAAGCCAUCCGCGGACAUCGUUCUGCGCACCGCCGACUACGUCGAUUUCUGCGUCCGGCGCGCGAUCCUCGAGGAGGCAUCGGCCGUGUUCGCCGACAUGUUUAGCCUACCACAACCGUCUCCUGGCGCAGACUCCUCCUCCCGUACUCCCCCAAUCCUCGUGUCUGAAGACAGCAAGACGAUCGAGGCCCUCCUGCGGAUGUGCUACCCGGUCUCCGACCCGGAGUUCGCCUCUCUCGACGAACUUAAGCCUGCGAUGGAGGCCGCACGGAAGUACCAGAUGGACGGCCUCAUGCCGACGUUCACGCGUCGGUUGGUCGCGCUCUCCGGUCUUUUCCCUCUCCAGGCGUACGCUCUCGCCCUCCAGUACGGAAUGGAGGACACCGCCCGGGUCGCCGCGAAGCAUUUUCUCUCUCUCCCGCAUCCUUGGCGGUAUGUCGCAGAGCUGGAGCACAUCUCAGGUGGUGCCUACUUCCGUUUGCUGAGCUACCGGGAAGCAUGUGCACAGGCGGCGAAGGGUGCUACGCGGGGUACGGAAUGGCUCGAAGACGGCAAAUACACGUGGUUCACGUGCGGGUCCGCCGACUGUCCCCGGCCCAAAGCUCGCAAUAAGGUCUGCAUCAUGAGUAUCAGAGGGGGAGAUGAGAUUGAAGCACGCCCGUACUUCGAUGUCCACCUCGCUCGCACAGCGGCCCUCCUCGCCGCCAAACCCUCCCGCAGCACAGUGGACCACGCUGGUGCAUACAUGCAGCUUGUUCAGGAUGCAGCUCCUUGCUCGACUUGCAAAUCCCUCAUAGCUGCGGAUGCCUCUAGAUUUCACCAAAACCUAGCGCUCGAGGUUGAUAAAAGGGUUAACGAGGUGGUGCUGAAGAUCAAGCUGUAA